AUGAAUGGCCGAGGCGCUAAGGCCUCUGAAAGGCGAAGACACGUGAGCAGCCGCCUCAGCCAGCAGCAAGACCAGGCACUGAGCAGCAGCAUCUACCUCCUGCGAGAGUUGGGCCCCACUGGCUUCCUGCUGAGGGAGGAGGAGCCGGAAAACAGGGAUUUCCGAGUUUUCUUAGGAAAUCCUCAUGUUUGUAACUGUUCCAUGUUUCUGAAAGGAGAUGAGCUUUGUAAACAUAUAUGCUGGGUCUUGUUGAAAAAAUUCAAGCUUCCAAGAAAUCAUGAAUCUGCUCUCCAGUUAGGUCUUGUGGAAGGAGACAUAGAUAACUUGCUGAGGGGGGUACAUCGAGUUCAAACUCCCCAACCAACAACAAUUGAUGAAAAUACACAUGUUGAAGAAGAUGGAUACAUUCAACAGAAGGAAAUUGAUUCAGAGGAUGUCUGCUCUAUUUGUCAAGAGGUAUUUUUAGAGAAAAAGCUUCCUGUCACCUUUUGCAGGUUUGGCUGUGGCAAUAGUGUUCAUAUAAAAUGCAUGAAGAUCUUAGCUAAUUAUCAGGACAUGACAUCAAAUACUUCCAUGUUGAAAUGUCCUCUGUGCAGGAAAGGAUUUGCACCAUUAAAACUUAUUUUGGAGGAAUUCAAAAACUCUAACAAAUUUGUGACUGUAUCUGAGAAAGAACGACUAGAUAAACACCUUGGGAUCCCCUGUAACAAUUGCAAACAAUUUCCAAUUGAGGGGAACUGUUACAAGUGUUCCAAAUGUGUGGAAUAUCACUUAUGCCAGGAAUGUUUUGAUAGCUGUUGCCAUCAUUCUCACACUUUUACAUUUCGUGAGAAGAGAAACCAAAAAUGGAGAUCACUAGAAAAAAGAUCAGAUGUUGUAAAAUACACAACUAUUAAAAAUGAGGUAGAACAGAAGAUGCCGCAGUUUCAAGAAGAGAAAGGCCAAGUUUUCACACCAAAACAUGUGGUAAAAUCAUUGCCUCUGCAACAGAUUACAAAGAAUAGUAAACUGCUUGCUCCGGGCUACCAAUGCCGACUUUGUUUGAAGGCAUUUCAUCUUGGUCAACAUACACGAUCACUACCAUGUACUCACAAGUUUCAUAGGAAAUGUAUUGACAGUUGGUUACUCUACAAGUGCAACUCAUGCCCUAUUGAUGGACAAGUUAUAUAUAACCCUUUAAUUUGGAAAGAUACAGCAAUGAAUGGACAAACACAUUUGUGUGUUUCAAACACAAACAUCACUCAUCCCUCAAAGCAGGAAGAACCAGAGCUUUUCAUUCCUUGUAUUGGAUUAGUCUUGAGACAAAAUAGAUGUGGAAUUUUACCAAGUAUACAUCAAUGUAAUUCUGAAAAACUGAAUACACCUCAGAGUCAAACAGAAACCUGUCAGAAUUUAGCAAAAGAUGAUUCAUGCUCUGUCCAAUUAGAUGAUUCGAAUUCAAAAAAAUUAAUCUAUGAAUAUAAAAUUAGCCAACACUUCCCCACAUAUCUUCAAGAUUUACCCACUAGAUCAUUUGGGAAAAUAUCAUCUCAAACAUUUCUUCCUUCUAUUGCUCACAAGAAUGUUAUUUGUCCUACUGAAGUGGAACGCACAUGUUUCAGUGAAAAAUACCCCAUUGGCCCAAACCAGAAGAUGACAAAAGGCUAUAAACGUAUUAACCACAAACCAAAGAAGACACUUGGUACUCAAAUAAGAGAAGAAAACAAGAGACCAAAUACUUUACUUCCAGAAGAUUUAAGUCUUAUUGUCAACUGGGGUAUAACUAAACUUAAUUUGUCAAAAAGAUAUAAUAAUUAUAUGGGGAAAAAUUAG